AUGUUCCAUGCCUUUGCCAAGGCCUGGCCCAACCCAAUCUUCCACACAGAGGUCAGAGGCAAGGCCAUCGAGUGGAUGCGCUCUCACCCUCAAGACUUUGUCAACUUCCUCCCCUUCCGGCAUGGUAAGCAGCUCACUCUCGACACCUACCUCCAUGAGAUGGCACAGGAUGGGUGCUAUGGUGAUAACCUCACCCUCCAGGCAGUGUGCAAGGCCUUCAGUGUCACUGUCAUGGUGCUCAAGGACGAAAACCAUCAAUUCAGCUGGAUGGGGGUCAAUGACCACCCACCCCAGCGCCGGGUCUUCUGGUUCUACCUUCACAGGUACCACUACGAGAACCUCCUCCUGCCUCGGUUUGUAGUGCUGUAG